CCCGUCUUGGCUGUUGUCGGUGCAGCGCCAUGAAACAUGAGUAACGACAGUAACGGAGUUUCAGGGCUGCAGCCUGUCUGGAACAUCAGCGGCUCCUUGCUCAACCAAACAGCCGACCUGUUCUCCAACACAACUUGCAACAUAUCCACCAAUGAUUCAGCGUCCUGUUCUCCUGUUGACAGUGGGGUGGGGGCUGGAAGUCCGUACAAAGCUCUGGAGAUGUUUUUUAUCGCCAUGGUUACAGGAUCAUUGAGCUUCGUGACUGUUACAGGAAAUAUUUUAGUCAUGCUGUCCAUCAAAGUGAACCGUCACCUACAAACUGUCAAUAACUAUUUCUUAUUUUCAUUAGCAUGCGCUGACUUGAUCAUUGGCGUGUUCAGCAUGAAUCUCUAUACAGUUUACAUCAUUGUUGGUUACUGGCCACUUGGGCCGGUGGUCUGCGACCUGUGGCUAGCUUUAGAUUAUGUUGUCUCAAAUGCUUCUGUGAUGAAUUUAUUAAUUAUCAGCUUUGACCGCUAUUUCUGUGUGACCAAACCUCUCACGUAUCCAACAAGAAGGACGACUAAGAUGGCAGGAUUAAUGAUUGCAGCCGCGUGGAUCCUGUCAUUCAUCCUGUGGGCUCCUGCCAUCUUGUUCUGGCAGUUCAUCGUUGGACAGAGAACAGUGCCACCUGGAGAGUGUUAUAUUCAGUUCCUUUCUAAUCCUGCAGUGACAUUUGGGACAGCAAUAGCAGCAUUUUAUCUCCCUGUCAUUAUCAUGACAGUCCUUUACAUUCACAUCUCCCUGGCCUCGAGGAGCCGGGUCUCCAAACACAAACCCGAGAAGAAAGAGAAGAAGGGGAUAAAAACUCCCUGCUUAAUGAAGAGUCACCUGUUGAAGCAGAACAACAAUAAUGAGACUAGUCCUCAUGCCAGUCCCCACUCUACUCCCAAACUCAGUUUGGACUCAACUACCACUGCUUUGGAUGCUGUGAAGAAUGGCAAGGUGGAGGAAUCCAAACCUGUUCAGCCUCAGCUGCUGGCACAGCCCAGCCCAGGACUCACACAGGAGGAAAAGGAGAGCUCCAAUGAUUCAUCCACAGCCUUCAUUCCCCCCAGAGAACCAAAGGACAAUGCCAACGACAAAGUAACAGCUGAGGCUCUAGCAAACCCUACUCCAGUACCCACAACAACAACCAAUUCUGCCAUGCGCAAGAUCACUUCCUCUUCAAGGUGGUCGAAGAUAAAGAUCGUGACGAAGCAGUCUGGUGAUGAAUGCAUCACAGCUAUAGAGAUUGUUCCACCUGUAGAUGGAGCCGAGAGGCAUUCGAUCCCCAUCAGCCGCCCUCGGACUGUGGCAAGAAAAUUUGCAAGCAUUGCUAGAAGCCAAGUGAGAAGAAAAAGACAGAUGGCUGCCAGAGAAAAGAAAGUGACUAAGACUAUCUUUGCCAUCCUGCUGGCUUUCAUCAUUACAUGGACACCAUAUAACGUGAUGGUGUUGAUCUCAACCUUCUGCCAGUCCUGCGUGCCUGACACAGUUUGGGCGAUUGGCUACUGGCUGUGUUAUGUCAACUCUACUAUCAACCCAGCUUGUUAUGCACUGUGCAACGCCACAUUCAAAAAGACUUUCAAGAACCUGCUGCUGUGCCAAUAUAAAAAUAUAGGGACAAGAUAA